AAGCUAACAAAUUUAUAUGACAUAUAAAACUUAAAUAUUUUCAAAGUUUGGUGACAUUUUACAACGCAAAUAUGUAGUAAUAUAACCAGAAAUUGAGUUAUCAGUGUCCCCAUAUUUGUAGUGAGCCAGGGUCCUUACCAGUGCCCAAACAUGAUGUACUGUACUGAUUCAUGACCUCGGGAGCUAGAGAGCUUAUCAAGACAUACCCAUAGUUUACAGCUACUUCCUGUGCAACGUGUCAUUUUCUUUUCUUUUUCCAAAAGAACUGUUGUCUUUAAAGUCAUGGCUUUUGUCUUGACCAAUAAAGCUACCAGCCUUCUGAUCCUUAUAAGCAUUCUUCAAGAACACAAAACAGAUGUAAAUGCAGCAGUUUGACAGAACAUCAGUCUGCCAUGCAUCAUGUCCAAGGAGCAUCCAACAAUCAUCCAGUUACAAUGGCACAAAGAGGGACAAAAAGGAGAGCAAAAAUUAGUGUGCCAGAGGUUUCAAUAAAGAUCACGUCCCCUGAGAGGAAAGUAAUAGAAGGGGACACAGUAAGCAUCACAUGUGUCAGUGUUCCUCCACCUGACAAGUACAUGUUAUUAUCCUCACGGAGUCAAUCAAUUAUGGAAAGUCAGGAUGGAAAAUUCACAAUUCAGAACAUUACUCGGCACAUCAGUGACCUGAUAUGUCAGCCCACCUGGAACUCAUCAAACCAACACUUACAAAGCCUCAACGCAACUAUGUACCUGACUGUAGACUUUCUUGACAACAUAGAGUGUAAUUCCGAGAGCCAGAUACAAGUUGAGACUGGGACAAAUCUGACGAUUACCUGUGACGCAAUGUCUUCCAAGUCCUUGCGUUUUGUCUGGAUGAAGGACAACAUGACAGUAUCCUCCAAUGCCAGUAUAAACCUGUGGUCAGUGAGUCCUGAUCAUUCUGGGAUUUACACCCUGAUUGUUCACAUCGAAAAUCAUAAUCAUCUACACAGACAGAAGGAUUUUACAGUUACUGUGAUUAACAAGAGCUACACAGUGCCACAGGUCACCAUGGAUGUCACACCACCAGACAAAAUGGUGACAGAAGGGGACAAUGUGCAACAUGAGCAUUACAUGUGUUUGCAAUCCUCUAAAUGA